CCAUUUUGAUUCUUCUUCUCUCUCUCUCUCUCUCUCUCUCUCUCACUUCAAGAACAUAUAGUUAUGGUGUAUCUAUCUGUAUCUAUUCAGCUGUGUGUUUGUAUCUGUUCUGGUGGUAAACAAUCUAAUGUGGAAUCUAAUUGCCUUUCGAAAUCACGAAUUGGGCAAAUCUGGGAAUCAAUCCUACCGUCACCGGGGGUCUAAUUAAAUACGGGGCAAUGCCCCAGGUGGACUGGCCCAACACAGGAAUUGAUCGCACGCAAGUGGGAGUCGAAAUCAGGCCAAAGGCUUCCUGAGACCCGACUGGGGUAAUUGAUAGAGUAAUCUGUAUACGCAUAUCCUGAGGGUUAUACGUGAGAAGGAUUUUCGCAAGAUUCAGUUUUAUACAUGAAGAGUCUUGUUCAAAUGGACUCAAAUCAAAGAAGCUCAACCAAUUGCAAACGCCAAGUGAACAGGGGAGUUUUGGAUUUGCCCCAUGAGAUGAUCUCCGAGAUCCUUUGUAGGCUCCCAACAGAAUCAAUCUUGAUAUGCAGAGUUGUUUGUAAGACCUGGUAUGCAAUAACUAAAGAUCCUUGCUUCAUUAACACACUUGGUAAUUCACAUUAUCAACCUACCCGGCUCAUUCUUAAACCACUUCCUUAUGAGGACAUUGGCCGUACUCCAUACUAUCUGGUAUUAGUUGAUAUGGAAAAGCACAAAACUAGACGUAUACCUCUUGAGAAAAUGUUUCAAGAACUGCAAAUUACGUGUUCUUGCAACGGUUUCCUCUGCAUGGCUCCACCAAAGAAGCUAGAUCCUGUGGUGAUCUACAAUCCCAUUACAGGAGAUCGUUUGAUUCUGCCGCUGUCAAAUUCAAAAUCAAAAGUGUCAUGCCAAGUGGUUGGUUUAGGGUUUGAUGCCUCAACUAAUAAGUACAAAGUUGUUCGAGCAUACACUGGUCUUUCUUCUAGGCGUAAAGUGAGGAGGUUUGAGAUCAUUUCACUUGGAGAAAGUUCGUGGAGAGAACUAAGUGCCCCUCAACGCAUUGUUAACCGGGACAGUUCGGGCGUCACAUUUUUGAGUGGGGCCCUUUACUGGACAAUGAGCAAGGGGACUAGCACCAUCGUUGUUCAAUUCGACUUAACCGAUGAAAAAUUUCGCGUUAUUUCUUUUCCGAGGUAUUUUUCCUCCCGCCAUGUUUCUCUGGGGUUGAUAGACAUCAGGGGGAUUGUGACUCUGGUACAGGGCGAUUCAAACACUGUUAGGUUAUGGAGAAUAGGGGAUGGCGAAGGUGAAGACGAGCUCUCUUUCUACUUUUAUAUCUCAUAUGAUACCCACGUGAAGUGGGGUGGUGGAUUUUCAUGUGCAUUUCUUCGUCAAAUAAACCAGGAGAGUUACUUGUUACAAGUGGGAUACUGGAACUCCCAAAAUGAACGCCUGGAGCACCUUACUCAGUAUUUUCCCGAUAAGGUACAGUUCUUGGAUCUCAAAUUACGAGGCCUUCCAGAUAGCUUCAAGACUGUGUGUUUUAAACCUAGUCUUGUCCCCUUGCCCAAGUGACUUGUGAAUAGUGAUGUUUGUUAUAGGCUUCGACUUCAGAAGAUCGUCGUGUGUGUUGUUAAACUCACCUCUUCCUUUUUUGCUUGUCCAUAGGGUUAAAAAUAAUGGUAAACUGGGAUGUUUAAAGUGGUGGUUUGUUUUUAUUUUUUUGCUUAUCAUGCAUUAAACUGGGGUGUUUAAAGUGAUGGUUUGUUGUUAAUUUUUUUGCUUAUCAUGUAUCUGCUAUUGCACAGUCUUAUUCUAUCUCAGGGAUUUUGUAUUGAUAUUAAAAGAAAGUGUUCUGAAUAGAAGACGGUCCUUUAUUCUA